AUGGUGGAUCCAGAAGUGAGAAAUGUUUACUCUUCAGGAGGGAUCACAUAUGUUGCUUAUACAGCUAACGGGAAGAAUCUUAUUGUUGCAGGCUCAAAUGGUUUAAUCAGAAACUAUAAAGUUGGAGAUGAUGAAUCAGAACCAAGUACUUGGGAUAUUUUGGAUGAGAUCACAGAUUUACAAGUGUGUGGAAAUGACAAAGCUGCUGUCUCUUCAAAGAUUGGUGAAGUUGAAACUUAUUCCCUUGAUGAAAAUAAGACAGUUGGUAAAGUGAUUAGAAGCUCUUUACCUGUUAGAGGUAUUGUCUUUACACAUAAAGGUUCUAUGAUUGCAGCUGCAGGUGAUGAUGUUGAAGUUCAAAUAGCUGACUUAUCCAAUAGUUCACGUGUUAUCAAAUUGAAAACACCAGAUCAAGUUCAUGAUGUUUCUUAUAAUCCAAAUAUAGAUGCAAUUGCAUUAUCAUUAUCAAAUGGUGAAAUUCAGAUUUAUUCAUUAACUUCAGAAGAGCCAAAGUUUAUUGCCACAAUUAAAGAAGAAAUACCCAAAUUGAUAUAUCAAGAUAAUGACGACGAUGACGAAGAAGAAGAAGCUGAAGAUAAUAUCAUUACAGCAAGACUGGAAUGGAACCCAGACGGUGAUCAUUUUGCAGUUCCAUCAAGUACAAAAGAAAUCAAAGUCUUUUCAAGAUCCAGUGAUUUCAAAGAAUCUUAUUCAUUUCCAAGAUCUCAUACCAAAAAUCUUUCAGAUUUGAAAUGGUCCCCAGGUGGUGAAUUCUUAGCAUCUGGUGAUAUUGGUAAUCAUUUAAUUAUAUGGGAUGCCGAAACAAGAGAACCUGUUUUAGAGGAAAAAUUAGAAAACAAAAUCAACAACUUAUCAUGGGGUAAAAAUGAAAGUGAUAACUCAUAUAAUUUAGCAGUUGGUUCAGACAAUGGUGACAUUUUUAUUUUCCAAAGUGUUAUUAAGGUAAAAUCUACUCAGAAUACUAAAAAGACAUUAAGACCACCAUCUUCAGCAAUAGCAGACAUAGAAGCUGAAUUGGAUUUAUCAGAUAACGAAAGUGAAAAUGAAGAAGAGGGUGCAGAUGAUAUCAACUCUCAAACAGCAUUAACUGACAACGAAGAAGAAAAUGAUGAUAGAAAUGGCAUUCAAGGAAGAGACUUUGAUGAUGAUGGAUUCAUCGAUGAUGAUGGAUUUGUUGUUGAUGAUGAUGGGAAUGGUUAUAUUAUUCCAACGGCUAGAAAACCAGAUUACGAAGAUCGUCAAAGUGUGGAACCACAAAGAAAAAGAUCAAAACCCUCAUCAUUUAUUGGUGCUAAAAAGUAUAGAAUUAAACCAUAUUCACAAGGUUGUACACCAUAUAUUUCAGAUAGAAGAUAUUUAACAAUCAAUUCGAUUGGUUAUGUGUCGACAGUCAAACAAGAUUCACAUUCAUCAAUAACAGUUUCGUUUUUCGAUGCUUCAAUUCAUAGAGAAUAUCAUUUUGAUGAUUUAUACGGUUAUGAUUUAGCUUCUUUACAUCCAGAUGGGAUUUUAUUAGGUAACUCUGGGUCAGAUUCGAAUUCAUCAAGAAUCUUAUUCAGACCACAUGAAAAUGCUAAUGAUUCAUGGGAAAAAUUAAUUCCAACUAGUAAAGGUGAAAUUAUAACAUCUGUAUCAUUAAGUGAAUCUAUAAUUAUAGUUUGUACAUCAUUCGGAUACAUUAGAAGUUAUUCCUUAUUUGGAUUAUCAGUUGGAUUACAAAAAUCUGCACCAAUCUUAGCAUCUGCAGUUAAUACAAAUUAUAUGUUCACAAUUUCACUUGCAAAUAAUAAUCAAUUAAUUUAUAACUUACAAAAUCUUGAUGGUCAAUAUUUACAAAGAGAUUUAACAUUACCUUUGGAUUUACAAAAUGAUUCUGAUUUAUUAAAAGGUAUAUUUUUCAAUUCUUAUGGUGAUCCAGUUAUAACAGGAAAUGAUGGUGUUGUUUUAUUAUUGGCAAAGUGGCGUACUCCGUUACAAGCAACUUGGAUUCCAAUUAUGGACUCUAAUGAAACAAUUAAAGAAGCUGGUGGUGUUGGUGAUUUAAAUGUCUGGCCAUUGGGUUUACACGGUGAUAAUUUAAAUUGUAUUUUAGUUAGAGGUACACAAUAUCCAACAUAUCCAUUACCAUUACCAUCAGAACUAGAGAUUAAAUUACCAAUCCAUGCUACUAGAGUAUCGGAUGAUGAUAAUGCAGAGAAUAAGGCCGAGGAGUUAUUCUUGAGAUCCAGAACAAUGGGGGAAUUAUUAGGUGAAACUUUAACUAAUGAUGGUGAAAUUUAUGAAGAUGAUAAUCAAAGAUUGACUGAUUAUGCAAUUAGUCAUGACAGAGCUGUUUUACAACUCUUUGGGUUUGCAUGUCAAGAAGGUAAGAAUGGUAAAGCAUUCCGUUUAUCUAAAGAAAUUAAACAAGAUCAUGGGUUAGCUGCAUGUAAUAAGAUUGCAGAAAGAAUGGGACUUGUAUCUCUAGCAAAACGUAUUACACAACUUCGAGAACAAAGAAUGGCAGCAGAAGAAGAAUUGUGA